CAAAAUUUUCCCCCCAACUUGUUUCCUUCAUCGCAUCUUCCUGUUCACCAUAACCAUGGCCCAAUCAAAGGACCACCUGUCCGAACUCGACCGCCAUGUGCAGCUUCUCGAGAGCAGAGUAAACCAGCUGCGCGCGUCCCUGUCGCACUGGCAGCAAUGGUACCUCGAGUACUCGGCGCUCAAAGAGGAGGUCGAGCAGCUUCCCACUGACUCGCCUCCGCAUGAACAGCUUCGUCGUAUCCGCCGCGAUUUUGACGGCAAGGUGCUCACAAACAAGGAAAUCAAUGAGAUCCUGGGGAAGAAUGACCUCAAGCAACCAGAGCAAAUUGUUAGCGUGCUCUCGCGCCGCAUGGACUAUGUCGAGCAGAACAUCGGUUCGUUGACGAAGCUUAUUGAAAAGGAGGAGAAUAAGCUCGCUGCUGCAAGCGUUGUUGCACAACCCGAUGCCGGCACUGACGAAGAGACUGGAUUACCCUUGACCGACAUCAUUGAGGAACUGGACGAUGACGACAACGUUGUCAACUUCCGGCUGCAAAGCGGCUCUGACGUUGAGCCAAAGAUCGUCGAGGCUCUCAAGAAAGCUGGGAUCCGCGAGAAAGAUCUUGCUGAGGCUGAAGCAGAGUUGCCGAAGGAUCAGGAACCAUCCACCUCCAGUCCAAGGCAGGACGAUGCUGUAAAACAGCCUAUCGCGGGUCCCGCCGGAAGUACUACGAGCGAUACCCAGGAGAGUCUUUCGAGCGAUGGGCCUGUCAGCCGCAAGAAGUCUGUCUCCUUUGCCGAGGACACCAAACCGGGCCAUAAUGUUGCUGAGCAAAGCAAGUCAAGGGCGGCUGAGAAUCUUGAAUGGCUCAUGCAGAAAGCCAGGGAGCAAGAAGCGAUGGACAUGUCGUCGGCCGUCAUUCCAGAUGACGAGUCAGAAGAGGACAGGCGAUUGCGCCGUGAAAUGCUCGAGUACGGCAUGUCGGAAAUUGGUCCCAUUGUGGCCGAGCUGCAGAUUGAAGAGGGCGACUCGGGCGACGAGGAUGACUGGGAAUGGGACGGCACUGAUGACGAGCUCGAAGAGGAAGAGACGGAUGAUGACGGCGAGGACGAGCUGGGGCGCUCGAAACGCAGCGUCAUUUCUUCAGACUACAUCAAGCGCAUGCAGGAACUUGAAACACGUCUGAGCGUCCAGUCCGCCUUCGCAGUUGGCGGCUCGGAAACGAAGGCAAAGACACCGGACGAAGGCAUGGGGCGGAUAGCCGUGGUUGGCGACUCGGAUGCCUCAACCGCGUCCCCUAAACUUCCGGGAAAAAAGAGUGUCAGCUUCGCCGCUAAGUUGGACAUUGCUCCCGAUCCCGGCUCUCAACCACCUCCGGAUGUCAAACCCAAGGAACGCAUAAUUGCCGAGGUUGGCGAUGUCGUGGAGAAGGUAGCAGAACCAGGGUUGGUGAAGGAGCCCGAGGAACCGCCAAAGCGGGUGUCGAGGUUCAGGAAAGAGCGGGCUACGGUGGCGUUGUCUUCCACCUCGGCUGCGGCCGCACUUCCUCCAGGCCCGCAUCAACUGCCCACCACGUUCCUCUCGGCCAAAACUGUUCCUCCAGCUGAGCCAGCUCCACCAGAACUGGGGACGGUGGCCAGCACAAUUGUGGAACGGCCGACGAUGCCGGACCCGGCAGAGCCAGACGAGAUGGACGAUGCUCUGCUCUACAAAGCCGCAGCGGUUGAGUACACCCGUAUGCGGAACAAGCUAAUUCAGAAGCACGGUGGCUUCUUGCAGCAGGACGGGGCCAUCGACAGUGAAACAGGCCUGGUCCCCCUGGACGAGGAACUGGGCGGACCCAAGAGGAUGAGCAAGUUCAAGGCUGCUCGGCUGACCAAGCUGCAGUAGACCAGGAUGGCAGAUUGGACUGUCCCAUACUCGAUGAGAAUCGAACUAUACCGACAUCCUCAACUCGGAUCCUGGUUCUUUGUGAUUCGGUGCAUCUCCUCCCUCUCGAGACAUUUCUUUCUCUCCCUUCUGUACUGGAGCAGGAGCGGCCCAUGGCGGAGAGCCAUGGUGACCGGUCUCCCAAGUGCCAUCGAGUUGGUGGCUGACAACGGAACGCUCAAUUAUCUGACAAUUGAUGGUUUGCAGCUCACCAUCUGCAUUCACAUUACUGGCGAUUCCAAUAAAAAGCGGAUGGGCUCUCUGACGCCUCGACCCUUGGCAAACUACCCCAUGGUCCUGGCGAUUCGUUUCACCCCUCACAUUUUUCCAUAGGAACAAUAGAAGCCGAGUUCAUGUGUAU